AUACACCCAGUGUUUAACAAGGUUCUACUGUCUCAAUACUAUGAUCUGAGUUUUCCUUCACAACAAAGACCCCCACCACCUCCACCAGAACUCAUUGGUUCUGAACCAGAAUACAAAGUAGAAUACAUAGUAGAUGCUAAGCUGGUGUAUAGAAAGCUCAAGUUCCUUAUUUACUAG